CACUACUCCUAAUUGCUCGUGAAAUACUUGUAUUAGAGAGAUCAUGUCAGCCGUGGCUCAGCAACCAGCCCCAGCGGCAGUGGCACCUGGAGCAGGGCUUGUAAAGUUGGCCAAGGAUGUCUUUGCAGGAACUUGCGGCGGCAUCGCGGUCACGUUUGUGGGCCAUCCUUUCGAUACCCUCAAAGUCCGGCUACAAACACAACCUGUCGACAAACCCGUUUACUCCGGGGUGGUCGACUGCGCACGGAAGACCGUACAGUGGGAGGGACUCGGAGGCCUCUACAAGGGCGUCGCCUCUCCCCUCAUGGGCCAGAUGUUCUUCCGCGCCUCCCUGUUCGGCGCAUUCGGCUCCUCCAAACGCUGGCUGGCAACCAACACGGACGGCUCCACUCGCCCCCUGCAGCGCCCCGACUACUACACCGCGGGUGCCAUGACAGGCUUCGUGGCGGCCUUCACGGAGGGGCCCAUCGACCUGUACAAGAGCCAGCUGCAGGUGCAGAUCAUACGAAGCAAGCAGGACCCCAACUACAAGGCUCCCUUCACCUCCGUGUUCGAGUGUGUACGGCAAACCAUUCGCACCAACGGCAUCCGGGGACCCUUCCAGGGUCUGAGUGCCACCCUGCUGCGCAACGUGCCGGCCAACGCGGUGUACCUGGGCAACUUCGACGUCUUCAAGAACGCGGUGGCGGAGCACUACGGAGUGCGGCCGGCGGAGCUGUCGGCGGCGGCCGUGGCGGCGUGCGCGGGCGUCACCGGCAUUUCCUACUGGCUGGUCAUCUUCCCGGUCGACUGCGUCAAGUCCGCCAUGCAGACCGACGCCAUCAACCCCGCCCAGCGCCGCUACCCCAACGUGGCUGCCACCGUGAGCGCGUUGUGGGCGGAGGGCGGGUUGCGGCGCUUCUUCAAGGGCUUCUCGCCCUGCCUCAUGCGCGCGGUGCCCGCGAACGGCGUCAUGUUGCUGACGGUGGAUAAGAUCACGCACUUUUUGAACCGGGAGUGAUGAGAGCUGGGGGAUGAGGUGGGGUGAGGAGGGUUGAGGAUGAGCGUGUGGGAUGGAGGAGUAGGGUGUAGGUCAGGCAAGGCAAGGAUGGUUGUUUGCAGCCUGAGAAGAGGCUGUUUGUUGAGAGCGAGGGAGUUGAGGGACGGGAAGCGUGUAGUAGGAUACCAAGAGCGGUGUCUUUGGGGUGGAUUGUCAGGAGGGGCAGGUGGAGUAUGAGCGGCGUCAACGAGUGCAGAGCGCGAGUGGAAGGUGAGGGGCGAGGGCGGGUAUGCCCGCAUCAUGAGGUAGGGCUCACCAUUGAUUUCGUAUGGGCCCGUGGUUUCAAGGAAGCCGAGUCCGGAUGAACCUGUUGGGUAAUUUUGACGGUUCACCGGAAUGGGUUUGUUUAAGCGCAACAUUUUGGCUUGCUACUUUUUUAGUUUAUUGCUAUCAGCUCAUCGUCCAACCCAGGACAUUGGCACAGAAACAACGUCACAAUCUGCGCUGUAUAUUUGUACUUGCCGCCGUUUUGUCGCUUUCUUACCGAUUGCGUGCCGUACACUGAUGAUAUCCAUCGUAGCCUCCGUGACAACGGGGGGUGGCGUUGGAGGGGAAUUUUGUUAUGAAAUUACGAGACAACAGUUGUUGUGAUGAUGAAAUGCAUAUGUGGAAUAGCAGGGAGCUGAAUGACCUGCUUUGUUACCAUGCAUAUAAUUCCCCCGAGGUAGAGUACGACACGAGAUGGAGUGAAGUCUGCAAUGCGCCGAGGGGUUAAUGUACCAUACAUGUUGAGGCGAAAGCAGCGACAUGCAUGGAGGGUUUGGACUGCUGGAUUGAGUGAAUGAGAGACAGCAGGGACCCAUGGAUGGCUUCUACGUGCGUGACUUCUGCUGACCAGGGGCACGUAUGUAGGCUGGAGCGGAUUGGCAUUUGAGUGAAUUACUUGUGACGUUUUGCAACAUUGGAGGGUUCUAUUAGCCGGGCAUUGGUUAUACAGAUAGACCGUAACCAACGCGGCAAGGAUUGUAACAAUAGGUGGAUGAAGCAACACCUCCACUGUAUGUAGUGUAUCUGCGAC